CAACGCUGCCGCUGCCUGUCUGAUGGUCGACUGCAAAGACGGAUGGUCAGGGCCGUCCUACGUCUCUAACCUGAAAAUGAAAGAGUAACCUGAUCCAUGUCCGUUUACAGCACUGAACCCGGAUACGUGUGUAUUUAGCUCCAGCUAGUUAUUAACGCGUUUUCUUUUUAAAUAAUGGAGGACGACUGUGUGUGUGAGUACGACUCGACCUGGGACACAGAGAGUGAUGGAGACGACCCGGCCGGAGAGAGCCAAACACGUCGGUCAAGUCAAGACAAAAACAAAUCUGGUUGGACUUUAGUAACAUGGCAUCACACGCCCAGAAACAUGAGGGCAGCAAAGGACAUGCAGAACUACAGGAGAGGAUACCCAAAUCUGACAGAUGACGAUUGCUCCGAGGACAAAAUGAACAAUUUGCAGUUUUAUCUCAAUAAAUUUCCCUCCGCCCCUGAUGAUGUUUACAUUGACUCAUUUCUUAAAGAAUGGAAAAAUGACUACAAACGACUGGAGAGGGUUCAUUCGUACAUUCAGUGGUUGUUUCCACUUCGAGAACCGGGGGUUAAUUAUAUGGCUUCAGAACUCACCAAGAAGGAGAUUGAAGCCUUCAAAAAGAAUGAAGAUGCCAAAAAGAGACUAAUCGAGUCCUAUGAACUCAUGUUGGGCUUUUAUGGCAUCCGUUUGGUCAACAAAGAGACGGGUGAAGUGAAGCGAGCGGAGAACUGGAAGGAGCGCUUUGGAAACCUUGAGCGGAAUAUGCACAACAACCUGCGCAUCACUCGUAUCCUGAAGAGCCUCGGAGAGCUGGGCUUUGAGCACUAUCAGGCCCCACUCGUGCGCUUCUUCCUGGAAGAGACUCUGGUUAAGAAGAACCUUAGCAGUGUUAAACGCAGUGUACUCGACUACUUCCUGUUUGCCGUCCUGGAUAAACAGAAACGUCAGGAGCUGGUACGCUUUGCCUAUCUUCACUUUGAGCCGAAGGAUAAGUUCAUGUGGUGUCCCAGAAAGAUUCAGAAACAAUUCAGGAAGGCAGAGAAAAGAUCUGACGCUGUUGGGAAUGGAGAUGGAAAGGAAGAAUUGUAUUCCCGGGGUAAAAACAAAGACGGAGAGCCAGUUGUGCCACAAAAAGAGGAUGGACCAGAUAAUGUUGCAAAAGCCCAGAAAGGAACUGAUAAAACUGCAAGUAAAGACAAAAACAAACUGUCUGAAGCAUCCCCGGAGCCAAAACCAGAAGCUGAGACUGCGGGAAAUGGAAAUUCAGAGGCUGAAUCUAAUAAUGAAAUAUUAGGGAAUGGAAAUGACUCUACAGAUGAUGUUGAUGAAAUGGAUCAGUCCCCCAGUCCUGACACUGUGAUGGCAAAAACUGAGCCCAGUGCAGACAGUGAGCUCAAAUUUACCGACAACUCAAAGGACACCAUGCAGGAACCAGACAACAUUAUGCAAACAGAUGGGGACAUUGACACUGAAAAACCACCGAAGAAGAAGAGAGAAGAUAACAAGGUGCUGCCAAGCAACGGCUCUGCUGGGGACUUGGCCAGCGGGCAGAUGGAGGAAAAAGCUGGUGCUAAUAAAGCCACUGGUCGAACAAGCCCGUCGGUGCAAACCCCCCUUAAGACUGCAAAACACUCGCCUUCUCUUUCAUCAGAGAGAGAGGAAAAAAUCCCAAGGACUGAUUUUAAUCAAGUGCCAGAUAAAAAGGAAGAAGAAGAAACGUUGCAGGCAAAUGUGUCGGCAACAAAUGGGUCACUGACAAGCGCUGACAAAGCCGCAGAUGAACAGACAAACGGGAAGGAGACUGAAGAUAUUGAUAUGGAAUCAAACCCCUCAAGCUCAGACCAAAAUGUGGGGAAUUCAUGAAUAAACUGGUUGACAGGACAAAAUACUGUAAUUGAGAAUAAAUUAAAUGUAAUAUAGGGACAGAGUAUGACUUAAAAAAGACUUUCUGGGCCUUAUUUCUACUAUGUUUGAUGUUUAGAUAUUGAUUCUUUUCACUUUGAAGGAGUAUGUGACUGAGUUUCUAAAUGACCAUCAGACAGUGUUAAAAGAUCAUUCUGGUGAUAUUCUAUAAUUUGUUGUAUUACUAUUAUCAACAAGUCCCAUGAAAAGACCAAAACCAACAAUGACUUCCUACCCCUCUGUGGCAUUCAGCCUCAAGCCCCAUUUAUUCACAAAGAGGACAUGAAUCUUUAAAAAGAAGUCAAACAAUAUGUAGUUAAAAUUUAAAAGGCUAAAUAAUCAUACAGCUGGGAACUGUAGUUUAUUUUAGCGAAUGUUACUCAAACAGGAGUAAAUAAUAGUUUUGUUGGGGGUCUAUUUCCAGUGGCUGAUUUUGGACUAUUUACAGCAGCAGGAUAGUGUGUUAUGAGAUCAACUCAGAAUGAACUACAGUGUGCAUGUUCACAGUGUUGAAGGAACAGAUCACUCAGUGUGGCCCACUGGUGUGUUUUAAUAGCUUUUGGUCAACAAUAGAGCUCUGCGGCACAGAGUAAUAAACUAUACAUACAGUACUUGUGAGCAGGAUUAUUUCAAUAUGGGUUUCAGUCUUGUCAUGGCAUUUCUUGACAAAAAAACAAACCUAUAGAGUAUUACCAGACUUUUCCUUUAUGGUAGUAAUAACUGAGACUGCAACUGAUAUUUAAUAUCUCUAUGGAAUACAUAAAGCACUAUUAUUAAUGUAUAUGAAUUAAUUGAUGGUUUCAGCCUUUUUAACACACUAAUACUUUCACAACAGAACCGUUUUUUUGCACUAAAAAAAAAAAAAAGAAUUGGAAGAGCUUUUUGUUUGUUUUUGUGUGAGUAAAGAUGUUCUGUACCGGUUUGUGUUACUGCUGGACCCCGCUGUUCAAAUGGAUUUAAGACUGAAUGUCUCUUUAAGUUAUAUUUCAAUAAUGUUGCACAAUCUGUAUGUUUUCAUGCAGAUGUGGGAAGAAGACUUUAUGAACAACUGAAAGCCUUGCCAAAAAUGUGAUUGACUGGUUGAUUGUACAAUAUGUUUGUCUUCUUGGCAGAAUUGAUAAAGCUUUGGCUAUAAUUCCAAGUCCAUUGUAUGUUAAUUUGAGACGGGUGCAGUCCAUGAAAAAUUCACAAGCCAGGGUGAUGAUAUCAUUGCAUCUUUUUAUAUUUGCACUUUCAUUAUUAAUUGUUUGAAGUUAAAAGUGGUAUUUACAUGACCAAAUUGUAAUAACUUUACAAAAGUGCUGAUUUCUUUAUAUAUGACUUGUGUCCCAACUAAAUACCUGGCUGUUUAAAAGCAGAAUAAAGUUCUA